CUCCGUCCUCAUCUCGCCUUCAGAGUGAUCCCAGUCUCCUCACUGAAGAGCUUGUGGUUAUAUUUAGGAUUUCUUCCCCCACCGUGGUGCUCAGAUGGUCCGGUCCGGUCCGGUCCAGAGGAAGGGGAGUGGUUGGGUGGGGGUUUCUCCAACAUGAGCAACACCGCUGGACUUCAGAGCUCCAUCACCCCCGUGGAUUUAUGACUUCUUCCUUCUGGUGUGAACUGAUGGAAACCGACUGAAUCAUGUUGAUCAAAAAGAUCGAAGCCAGAGAGGCCUGUGAUUGGCUGCAAGCCGCCGGCUUCCCUCAGUAUGUUCAGUUAUUUAAAGAUUGCAGGUUUCCCAUCGACAUCAAGACGGCCAAAAACGAUCACCGCUUCCUGGAUGAAGACUCACUCGGUUCGCUGUGCAGGAGGUUAAUAACUUUGAAUAAAUGCACGGAAAUGAGGCUGGAGCUGUGGAGGUCCAAACACAAGGGAGACGACUGGGAUGAGGAGGACUCAUGUGCCAUCAGUCCCAACUGGACCUACGACCAGCAGACCCGACAGUGGAGGCGCCUCGACUCUGAUGACGAGGUCCUUCACCUGUCCGCGUGUCCAGCUGGACAUCAGGACGUGUCUCGGCCUGAUGACAUCAGCUCCGUGGACAGCGAAGACCACGACGAGGGCCGCAGAGUUCCCACCAUCAUUACCGGCAGCGCGGCAGACGAGCAGGAGGCCAACAGGAGCUCCUCCCACUGCUCCUCCACAAACAAAGCUCCGUCCAUGGAUACGUCUCUCAGUGGACCUCCAUCUCCUGAAGGAGGAUCGUCCUCCGUGAGUCUGGAGGCUGAACAACCCCCCAGGAGAAAGUGCACUACUCUGCUGAGGAAGAUGGAGAAGCUGAGGCUGAGGGGGGGCCUAGCCCACAGGAACCGGCGCCGCAUGAGCAGACCGGAUCUGGUCCGGGACGCGGGGAGGACAGACAGGCUGCUCUGCCCGUCAAAUCUGCAGGCCCGCUCCAACAGCCGCUCGUCUUCAUCACCUUCAUCGCCUCGCACCAUCAGCAGCAGCAGCAGCCAAUCAGAGGACAGCAGCACCGUCAGCACACCCAGCCCUGUCGCUCGGGUCAGGAGCAACUGCAAACGCUCCAACAGCGGUGUUGGAACGAUCCACAAAGACCAGAGCCACACGGACACAGAGGUCUCCAGGAACCGGGUCAGCAGCAGCAGCCAGGAUAGUCUGGUGUUCCAGAUCCCGCACGGACAUAAACCCGGGACCUUCCCCACGUCCCUCGCUCACAAGCACAUCCUGUCCCCCAUCAUGGACAGUUCCUCCAUCAACUGGAGGACUGGGAGUUUCCACGGUUACCGGGGCCGGCAGGACUCCAAACGGGGGCCAUCCUCUCUGGCCACCAGAGACCAGAGCCCGGCAUCCUCGUCCUCGGGUCGACCCGCUGCAGCGGAUCACCGGCUGAGCGUCUACGACAACAUGCUUGAGGACGCUCAGAUGUCCGAGAUCGAAGUAGGGAGCGAUGCAGAACGGACCGGGGAGGAGUUGGAGGUGAGCCGACUGAUGGCAGGUGAGGACGUUUUCUCCGCCCUCGACAGCGUUCUGGAGAGAAUCAGCAACCUCCAACAGCUGGUCUCCACCUGGUCUGAGAACAUGUCUGAAGACGACGGUCAGAGGAGCUCCUCCUCCUCCCAGGACUCACCUCCACACGGCUCCUCCCUGAGUCACAUCCACCUGGAGGUGCAGCAUCCCGAGGAGGAGGAGAGUCAGGAGGAGGAUCCCGAGAACCUGAAAAUCAGCCCCGCCCCACCCCAGAGGAGCAGGGCCAGCCAGCGCCUGCAGUGGUCCAGCGAGCAGAACCUGCCAUCCAGCCUGGGACUGGAGAGCCAGUCGGCAUCCCAGAUCCUUCUGCUGCAGAAGCUGUCGCUGCUGAAACUCACCGCUCUGAUGGACAAGUUCUCCCCGUCCAGCAAGCAGGGCUGGAGUUGGAAUGUCCCUAAAAGUCCGAGGAAGACCAAGGAGAUUGGGGUGAAAGGUCGAGUGUUUGGGGUUCCUCUACUCGUCUGUGUCCAGCAGACAGGAGAACCACUUCCUCCCUGCAUCCUCAGAGCCCUGGUGUACCUGAGGACCAAGUGUUUGGACCAGGUGGGCCUUUUCCGGAAGUCGGGAGUGAAGUCUCGGAUCCAGUACCUCCGUGAGAUGGUGGAGUCGGACCCAGAUGGAGUUUCCUUUGAAGGCCAGUCAGCCUUUGAUGUGGCUGACAUGGUGAAGCAGUACUUCAGAGACCUCCCUGAACCCAUCUUCAGCAGCAAACUCUGCGAGACGUUCCUCCACAUUUACACAUAUUUUCCGAAGGAUCAGCAAAUGGUGGCGAGUCAGGCAGCCAUUUUGUUGCUCCCAGAUGAGAACAGAGAAGCUCUGAGACUGAUGCUCUUCUUCCUGAGCGAUGUGGUGUCCUGUGUGGAAGAGAAUCAGAUGACCCCCACCAACAUCGCCGUCUGCCUGGCGCCCUCACUGUUCCACCUCAACACCUUAAAGAGGGACACCAAUGCAGCCAGGUCGGGUCACAUGAAGUACAGUCUGUGCCGUCCGGACCAGCGGGACCUGAGCGAGAACCUCGCUGCCACUCAGGGUCUGGCCAGCAUGAUCUCCAAGGCCCGGAGGCUUUUCCAGCUUCCAGAGUUUUGGCCCGAUCGGAGUCUGGCUGCUCCGGGUUCAACGGAGGAUUCCCACCGUGAAGAUCUUCGAGGGCCAGCGGCUCAGUCUAGUCAGGAUGAGGGGAGGGAGGAACAGAUCAGGCUGCAGCUGAGCACCCAGCAGCUCCUGAAAGAGGUCUGGGAACAAGGCCCGGUCUGGGAGAACCACCUGGGUCCAGAACAUGUGGAUCUGUCCUACAGAAAGAUGAGGGACAGCUGUCCCCUGUGGAUGUGGCGAGGUUCUGUGGAGGUGAACGCUCCCCAGCAUGCGUUGCUACAGCGGCUGCUGAGGGAGCACCACCUGUGGGAGGAACGCCUGCACCAGGCUGCUGUCAUCCAGACGUUGUCCAAGGACAUGGAGGUGUACUGGUACCUUCUCAGGGGGCGGGGCCACAGCCUGGGGUCCCAGCCCCUGCAGGAACACCUGCUGCUCAGAACCUGGCAGUCCGACCCGUCUUCUGGUCCACUGUUCCUGUCCUCCGUCUCAACGGAGCAUCCGGACGUUCAGGUGCAGGGAAUCAGGUCCCACAUUCACUCCAGUCUCUACCUGCUGGAGCCCACAGGAGCCAUCAAGACCCGACUGACACACGUCUGCAGAACCGACACCAGGGGUCGGUCUCAGGAGUGGCACAGCAGAGUCAGUGGACAUCUUCUAGCUGCUAGCCUGUUGUCCAUCAGAGACUCUUUUAGCUCAGACUACAGAGAAACCAACAUAUGAGUCAGUGGUUCCUGAAUGUCAACAGACACUUGAACAUGUAAAUUUACUUUGUUUAAAUUAUUUCAAUGUUUUGUGCAAGUAAAACGUAACUUUAGCUUGUUUUUCUGUUUGAGCUCUCUGGGCCACCGUACAUGUGUCCUGAUGUCUACCUCUCCACUGGACGAUGCUGUAGGACGCAGAUUUUAUUUUAAUGUUUGUUUUUGUACAGUUUGACGCAAAGUUUUAUUUAAAUGCAGAAAAGGCAAUUAUUUAACUUGUGCUUCUAAAUUUUAUCCAGAUGUUUGAAAUGCCAGCUUUGUUAAAGAGUGAAGUCUAAAUGUGCCAAACGGCUAAUAAAAAUGUUUUUCUGCUCCA